AUGGAGAGUCAUUGUCGGGUCUUGGAGUUGGUAUUAGGAACUUUGGCUAUUAUUCAUCUUGUACUGGCUCAGGAUCAACAAGGGUUCAUCAGUUUGGAUUGUGGGCUACCCGCGGAAGAGCUUUCUCCCUAUGAUGAGCGAUGGACUGGUUUACGUUUCACUUCGGACGCAACAUACAUCCAGCGUGGAAAAACUGGCAGAAUCCAAGCAAACCGUGAGAGCGAAUUCUCGAAGCCGUACACAACGCUGAGAUAUUUUCCAAAUGGAACACGAAACUGUUACAAUCUGAGUGUGGAGAAGGGACGUAAAUAUUUGGUCAGAGCUACCUUUGUGUAUGGAAACUAUGAUGGUCUUAACAUUAAGCCCAAGUUUGAUCUGUAUCUUGGACCUAAUCCAUGGACCACGAUAGAUUUGCAAGGAGAAGUGGAUAGCGGACGAGUGGAGAUGUUUCACAUUCCAACGUCAAACUCGUUGCAGAUUUGUCUCGUUAAGAACGGGGCGACUACUCCGCUAAUAUCCACCUUGGAGAUACGGCCAAUAGUUAAUAAUACUUACACGCCUGUGUCUGGUUCCCUUAAUCUUUUAUUUCGGACAUUUCUCAACAAAUCAGAAACUGAGAUAAGAUACCCGAGUGAUAGAUAUGACCGCGUAUGGACUUGGCUCUUCAGAAACGAAUGGACACAGAUUUACACCACUCUCCAAGUGAACAAUUUAAACGAUGUUUAUGUUCCACCAGAAGCAGCACUCACAACUGCAGCAACACCUACUAAUACCAAUUCGCCAUUGAUGAUCAACUGGACUUCGAGAAAUGUUGAUAACCAAUAUUACCUGUAUACACACUUCGCUGAGAUCCAAGAGUUGCGGACCAACGAUACCAGGGAAUUCAACAUGACUUGGAAUGGAGAACACUAUUAUGGCCCUCUAGUACCUCCAAAAUUUAAUGGAAUUACUGUCUUUAGCCGGUCAGGGAAAAGCUGCAAAGGAGGGGAGUGCAGUCUUCAGCUGAAGAGAACCAACAGAUCAACUCUUCCACCUCUGCUUAAUGCUCUUGAGGUCUACACAGUUAUCCAUUUUCCGCAAUCUGAAACAAAUGAAAAUGAGGUGGUUUCUAUGCAAAACAUCAAAACCACCUAUGGAAUAAGUAGAAUCAGCUGGCAAGGAGAUCCAUGCGUCCCUCAACGGCUUAUGUGGGACGGCUUAAACUGCAGCAACACCGAUAUGUCUACGCCACCAAGAAUCACUUAUUUAAACUUGUCUUCAAGUGGUUUAACUGGAACCAUAGCAGCUAGCAUUCAGAAUCUCACACAACUAGAAACUCUGGACUUGUCUAAUAAUAAUUUGACUGGAGACGUGCCAGAGUUUCUAGGCAACAUGAAGUCGUUGGUGUUCAUAAACAUAAGCAGGAACGAUCUUAGUGGUUCCAUUCCUCAGGCUCUUCAGAGGAAAGGACUGGAGUUAUAUCCUCAAGGGAACCCAAGACUUUGUUUCUCUGGUUCAUGCCUACUUCCCAAACCCAAGCCAUUUCCAGUGGCAAUUGUGGCAUCUCUUGCGUCUGUGGCCAUUAUCCUUGUUCUUUUGGUACUUACUUUUGUUUUAAGGAAGAAAAUGCUGUCAAUUGUGGGAGCUCUACGACGGCCACCUUUUAUAUCGUCAUCUGUGAAUGUCACAAAUGCUAAUCCACCUGUUUCAUCAAUCCAAACGAAUAAGAGAAGGUUUGUUUAUUCAGAGGUCACUAAUAUGACAAAUAACUUUCAAAGAGUUGUUGGGGAAGGAGGAUUCGGUAUUGUCUAUCACGGGACUCUAAAUGUUAACAAACAAGUAGCUGUUAAACUGCUUUCUCAAUCAUCAACCCAAGGCUAUAAGCAAUUCAAGGCAGAAGUUGAUCUUCUUAUGAGAGUUCACCAUACAAAUUUGGUAAACUUAGUAGGAUACUGUAAUGAAGGAGAUAACUUGGCUCUAAUAUACGAGUAUAUGCCCAAUGGAGACUUAAGACACCAUCUGUCUGGGAAAGGAGAUAGAUCCAUUAUCAACUGGGGUAUUCGACUACGAAUAGCCUUGGAGGCUGCAUUAGGUUUGGAGUACUUACACAUUGGGUGCAUACCAGCAAUGGUUCAUAGAGAUGUAAAAACUACAAACAUAUUGUUGGACGAGCAGUUCAAGGCAAGGCUUGCUGAUUUUGGGCUGUCGAGAUCUUUCCCAGUUGGAGGUGAGUCUCAUGUUUCGACGAUGAUUGCUGGCACUCCUGGAUAUCUUGAUCCUCAAUAUUACCGUACAAGUCGGUUGACCGAGAAGAGCGAUGUGUACAGUUUCGGCAUUGUGUUAUUGGAGAUGAUCACAAACCAACCCGUGAUUGACCAAUCUCGUGAAAAGUCUCACAUAACACAAUGGGUUGAGUUUGAGCUAAUUAGCGGAGAUAUUAGGACUAUCAUGGAUCCAAACCUUCAAGGAGACUAUGACUCUCACUCUGCCUGGAGAGUUCUUGAUUUGGCAAUGUCAUGUGCAAAUCCUUCUUCCACAAAACGUCCAAGCAUGUCUCAGGUUGUUGUCGAACUAAAGGAGUGUCUUGCGUCUGAAAACUCAAGGAGAAAUAUGAGGAGAGGCAGGAUGGAAUCUCAUAGUCCCGCUAAAGUGAGCAUGCUCAUUGACACUGGGAUGCUCCCUGUGGCGAGAUAGUUUGAGCUGCUGCAAGUCACAUGUAAAAAAAAGUCAUAGCCUUGCGUCUGAACUCGAGGAGAAUAUGCUUCGAUCAUCGACAUGUAGCAUAUUCUAUGUUUCUUUGUGAUUGUUUUUGUUUACUAAUGAACCAUGAAUCUGUUUGUGUAAAAUCUUGAGUGCCAUGCUUUGAAUGUUAUUGGGAUGAUUACU